GACCGAUCAAAGACUAUUGUAUUUCCGUUAUAAACCAUUGCCGGCCCUUUCCGUUUCAUCGAAAAACUGACGACCUUUCAUUUUUCCGAUUAGAUAAUUCCAUAAUUAAACUAAACCAUAGAAGAAUUUUGAAUCACAAACAGUUCGAUUCGUUUAAUUUUUACUGUUUUUCUCACUUCUAGGGCGAAAACGAUCAGAAUCAGAAGCGGAUUUCGUCGAAGACCAGGUCUGUAAUCGCCGAAUCCCGGCGUAUGUGGUCGAAGGAGAAAUGAAUUGAUUGGAUUAUUGGGAGAGAGAUGAACGGGAGCCAUGGGUCAGUUCAUCCGGUGGAGGAAAUUCCGACGACCGAUGUCGGAGACGCCGCACCGGUAAUCAGAAUGAAGGACAUAGAAGGCAUGCCCGGCACUCGCGGUGGUCUAGCUCUUCGUUGCAUCCAAUUAGGGUUCGCCGUUGCUGCUUUUUCAGUCAUGGCCGCCUCCCGCGACUUUCCUUCUGUUUCUGCAUUUAGCUACCUUGUCGCAGCUGCCAGUUUACAGGGCCUAUGGAGUUUUGCCCUAGCAAUUAUCGACAUUUACGCUCUGUUAGUGAAACGAACCUUGCAAAAUCGCCCAAUUGUUAGCUUUUUUGCUGUAGGCGAUGGGAUCACUACCACCCUCACAUUUGCUGCAGCAUGUGCUUGUGCAGGCAUCACAGUUCUAAUAGACAAUGACCUUGACCUUUGUUCUGUGAAUAAAUGUGCACAGCUUCAAUCUGCAACUGCAAUGGCAUUCCUUUGCUGGUUCACUACAUUGCCUUCCUUUUUCUUCAACUACUGGUCACUCGCGUCGCGAUAGAAAGGUAACUCAAGCAAACAGUGAUAAUCCCCUUCGUAAAUAUCCCUUCCACUUACAUCCAAUUGUAAUUUUUUCCCCUUUUAUCUGUCAGUUUUGUUGGGAUAUGCUUGGCUGGUAUCGGUGGUGUUACUGAGUCGAUAUCCAAUAUUAUAAUAUACACUUUAGUUGUAGAUACGAUACUAUCUAUGUUCACUAUACAACAUAUUAGUUUGGAGGUGUUCUUUCA